UUCCGCUCGCUUCCCUGUCGCUCCUCGGUGUUGUUUAACGGUGCCAGCUAACGGGGCGAUUCCUCUGUGGCGUGUUUACGGCAAAGCGACUUUCGUGUGGGGAUGCUAGCGAGAAAAUGAACAACAAUGCCCGCCUCCCCUUCCCGGGUCUGCUCGGCGACUUCGGCGUCUCCUGAGCUCGUUGUGGCUAGCAUGUUUUUUUGCCUGUCAAAUUAGCUCCUGGUUUGCUAAAUGCGCUUAAAUACCUCCACCGCCUUGUCUUAUUUUUAACAUUAAAGUCUUCCUUUUCAGCCUGUGUGGAUUUAAAAUGUGUAAAGGAAGAAAUGAAGUGGCGGUAGAAGGCUUCCUGUGAGAUAUUCCCCCGCACACACCCGUAGUCAUGACCGGUGUGUGGAGCAGUAGAGUCGGGCGAAACUAGAUGACUGCUAGCGGAACAGUCAGCGGGGCUUUCGGUAUUUGGAUGAUCGUGACGCCGAGGAGGAGCUGAUCGGCUCGGCUAAACGCAGUCAGCAUGGGGGAGCCCAGCCUGGACGACUCCAACGUCAAGGUGGCGGUCCGCGUUCGGCCCAUGAACAGGAGAGAAAAGGAAUUAAACACAAAGUGCGUGGUGGAGAUGGUGAAGAAUCAGACCGUCCUCCAUCCUUCAUUGGGCAACUUGGGCAAGGGCGACUCCAGGAAUCAGUCCAAGGUUUUUGCCUACGACUACUGCUUCUGGUCCAUGGACGAAUCGGACAAAGAGAAAUUCGCUGGUCAGGAGGUGGUUUUUCAGUGCCUUGGGGAGAGUCUUCUUCAUAACGCCUUCCUUGGCUACAAUGCCUGUAUCUUUGCCUAUGGACAAACUGGUUCCGGAAAGUCCUACACUAUGAUGGGUUCGGGGGACCAGCCGGGCCUCAUCCCUCGACUUUGUAGCGCUUUGUUUGACCGCACGCAGAAGGAGCAGCGUGAGCAGGAGAAGUUCACUGUGGAGGUCUCCUACAUGGAGAUCUACAACGAAAAGGUCCGCGAUCUGCUGGACCCCAAAGGGGGCAGACAAACGCUGAGAGUGAGAGAACAUAAAGUGUUGGGUCCAUACGUGGACGGCCUCUCACGGCUAGCUGUGGCUAGCUACAAGGACAUCGAGGUGCUGAUGUCAGAGGGCAAUAAAUCUCGCACCGUCGCUGCCACAAACAUGAACGAGGAGAGCAGUCGAUCGCACGGCGUAUUCAACAUAAUUCUGACGCACACCAUGACGGAUGUCCAGUCUGGGACAAGCGGUGAGAAAGUGAGUCGGCUGAGUCUGGUGGACUUGGCUGGAAGUGAGCGAGCAGCAAAAACCGGAGCGGCGGGCGAGCGUCUCAAGGAGGGAAGCAACAUCAAUAAGUCGCUGACUACACUCGGCCUGGUGAUCUCCGCUCUGGCAGAGCAAGGAACUGCCAAGAACAAGACCAAGUUUGUUCCUUACAGAGACUCUGUUCUGACAUGGUUGCUGAAGGACUGCCUCGGCGGGAAUAGCCGCACGGCGAUGGUGGCAACGGUGAGCCCGGCGGCCGACAACUACGAGGAGACGCUGUCCACGCUGCGCUACGCCGACCGGGCCAAGAGCAUCGUCAACCACGCCGUCGUCAACGAGGAUCCCAACGCUCGCAUCAUCCGGGAGCUGCGCGAGGAGGUGGAAAAGCUGCGAGUCCAGCUCACUCAAGCCGAGUCUUUGAAAGCUCCUGAGCUCAAGGAGCGCCUGGAAGAGUCUGAGAAGUUGAUUCACGAGAUGACCAUCACGUGGGAGGAUAAGCUUCGCAAAACGGAGGAGGUUGCACAGGAGCGUCAGAAGCAGCUGGAGAGUCUGGGCAUUUCCCUCCAGUCGUCGGGCAUUAAAGUUGGCGACGAUAAGAGCUUUCUGGUCAACCUGAAUGCAGACCCGGCGCUCAAUGAACUGCUAGUGUACUAUUUAAAGGAGGACCACACCCAGGUGGGCUCGGCAGACUCGCAGGACAUCCAGCUGUGUGGCAUGGGCAUCCAGGCCGAGCACUGCGUUAUUGACAUCAACGCCGACGGCGCCGUCAUCCUCACCCCAUUCCCCAACGCUCGGACGUGUGUAAACGGCUCUCCGGCCACCUGUGCGCUGAUGCUUCACCACGGCGACCGAAUCCUCUGGGGAAACAACCAUUUCUUCAGGAUAAACCUCCCCAAGCGGCGCGCUCGAACCGCUGAGGACGAGGAGGGUGAUGGCAGCGUGAUGAAGAAGAGCGGCAGCAGCGAGCAGCUGGAUGCGGACGGUGACUCGGCCAGUGAAGUGUCCAGCGAGGUCAGCUUCUCCUACGAGUUCGCUCAGACCGAAGUCAUGAUGAAGGCUCUGGGCAACAAUGACCCCAUGCAGAGCGUCCUGCAGUCCCUGGAGAGGCAGCAUGAAGAAGAGAAACGCUCGGCCCUGGAGCGCCAGAGGCAGAUGUACGAGCAGGAGCUCCAGCAGCUCCGUCGCAAGCUCAAUCCGGACCGCCUGUCUGGGGGGCCCCCGGGACCGCUGGUGCUUGGUCAAGCCGGCGCCAGCCAGCAGUCUCACUACCGUAGCAUGGAGAGGCUCAGCGUGGGAGGCAUGAGCCACUCCAGCAGUGCUCAGAGCAGACUGAGACAGUGGAGUGAGGACAGGGAGGCUGUGUUGGUGAGGAGCUUGAGGCGCCUGCGUGAGCAAAUAGUGAGAGCCAACCUCCUAGUGCAAGAGGCCUGCUUCAUCGCCGACGAGCUGGAACGCCACACAGAGUACCGAGUCACCUUACAGAUACCCUCAGACAACCUCAAUGCCAAUCGCAAGAGAGAUGCGGUGCUCAGCGAACCCGCCAUUCAGGUGCGACGUCGCUGCCGUGGCAAGCAAAUCUGGAGCUUGGAGAAGACUGAGAACCGCCUAGUGGACAUGAGGGAGCUCUACCAGGAGUGGCAGGACUAUCACCUGCACGACAACGACAACCCGGGGAUGCGCUCGUACUUUCGCCGGGCCGACCCCUUCUUUGAUGAGCAAGAGAACCACAGCCUGAUCGGCGUGGCCAAUGUCUUCCUGUCCUGCCUUUUCUAUGACGUCAAACUGCAGUACGCUGUGCCCAUCAUCAACCAGAAAGGAGAGGUGGCUGGGCGUCUCCAUGUGGAGGUGGUGAGGGUUGGUGGGGCUCUCGAGGACAACAUCGCCGGAGGAGACGAUCCUGACCACAACCCAGAUUCUGAAAUUCAGGACCGCAAACUUGUCUGUAUGAUUAAAAUCCUGCAGGCCACUGGUCUCCCCCAGUACCUGUCCAACUUCGUCUUCUGCCAAUACUCCUUCUGGGACCAGCCCGAGCCAAUCAUCGUGGCCCCCGAGGUGGACCCCUUGUCAUCGUCGCCAAGCACAAAGGACCCCCACUGCAUGGUGGUGUUCGACAGCUGCAAGGAACUGGCCGUGUCUGUUUCGGAGGAUUUCAUCGAAUACUUGACGGAAGGUGCCGUGGCCAUUGAGGUGUUCGGACACAGGCAGGCUGAUGCGGGCAGGAACCCGGCCCUGUGGGACCUCAGCAUCAUCCAGGCCAAAACACGCACGCUGCGAGACAGGUGGAGCGAGGUAACGCGCCGGCUGGAACUCUGGAUCCAAAUCCUGGAGAUUAACGAGAACGGAGACUUUGUCCCGGUUGAAGUCAUUCCCGGUCGAGAUGUCAACACCGGCGGAAUCUUUCAGCUUCGACAAGGUCAAGCAAGGAGAAUCCAGGUGGACGUGCGCUCCGUUCAGGACUCGGGCACCAUGCCGCUCAUAUCAGAGAUCGUGCUGGCUGUGUCGGUGGGCUGUGUGGAGAUUACACCCAACAUCAGCAGCCCAGAGGGAGACGAGAUGGACAGUUAUCAGGAGAGAGACCUGGAACGUUUGCGGCGUCAAUGGUUGGGAGCGCUCACCAAGAGGCAGGAGUACUUGGACCAGCACCUACAAAGUCUGGUCAGCAAAGCUGAAAAAACAGAGGACGACAUGGAGAGGGAAGCUCAGCUGCUGGAAUGGCGCUUGACGCUGACGGAAGAACGGAACGCCGUCAUGGUGCCCUCUGCAGGCAGCGGCAUUCCAGGAGCACCUGCGGAAUGGGUUCCACUUCCGGGCAUGGAGACUCACAUUCCGGUCCUCUUUCUCAACCUUAAACCUGACGACCUGAGUUCUCAGGACCAGUUUGAGGUUCCCGACGCUGGAGGCUGGGACGCCACGCUGAGCGGCGAAGACGAGGAUGACUUCUUCGACCUGCAGAUUGUCAGACACUACGACGGCGAAGUAAAAGCGGAGGCGUCGUGGGACUCCACAGUCCACGAGUGCCCGCAGCUGAGCCGCGGGGGAGCUUGGCCCGACAGCCGGGUGUACCUCACCGUACGCGUGGUAGUGCAGCUCAGCCACCCGGCCGACAUGCAGCUGGUGCUGAGAAAGAGAAUCUGUGUUAACGUCAACCCCGGGCGCCAGGGCUUCGCGCACAACUUCCUCAGGAGGAUGUCCACGCGCAGCACCAUCCCUGGAAGUGGCGUCACCUUUGAGGUGGUCUCCAACAUCCCAGGGGACGCUCCCGGAUCAGAGGACAGAGAGAUGCUGGCCCGCCUCGCCGCCAGUGCUCACAGCAGCGAGUCGGCCGACGACGAAGCCGCCAUCGAGAAGUACCUCCGUAGUGUGCUCAGUCUCGAGAACAUCCUCACUCUAGACCGCCUCAGACAGGAGGUGACAGUGAAGGAGCAACUCGCUGCAAGAGGAAGAAGCAACCGGCGGAGUCUCAGUUCUCCAUCUGUUAACAGUCUAUCUGGAAGUAGACAAGACUUGUCCACCACCUGCCUGCUUGAGGAUAAGGGUCGCUGGGAGAGUCAGCAGGACAUCUUCAUGCCAUCUGCCUACCAUCGCACGCUACCGCGCCCGGCCUCGUCUCCCUCCACCUACUGCCCCACGUCGUCGCCGCCUUCCUCGACCGCUGUCACCUCGCCACACAACCAGGAGCCAGAGCAAGGUCGUUCAGGACUUGCUGCCUCUUAUCUUUCAGUGAAGGCGCUGGUUCCGCAGAUGCCCAAACUGCUCAAGUCUUUGUUUCCGGCACGCGAUGAUAAGAAGGAGCUGAGACCGUCGCUGCACGGCCAACAGCACAUGCCGCGCAUCAUGUCGCCACCAGGGGGGGACGAAUACAGAGUCAAGGUGGACACGGCCGCCCGCCUCCCGCCAGCGCCGGCCAGAGAGCGGCGCCCCGACCCGACCGACGCCCCACCUCUUCUUGUGCAUGACCCGCAUGACAACACCCCCCUCAGCCCGCUCAGCCAGUCGUCCAGCGGUUACUUCUCGGCCAGCGUCUCCACGGCGACCCUGUCCGACGUCCUGCAACCCUCCUCCUCGUCCUCCUCCCUCCUCCUCGCCGCGGACACCGCGCUAGCUGGCAAUCACGAGGGCGUGACUGCACGCCACUUCCUCUCUGAACAGAAGCCGCCCGACGACCCGGCCGUGCCCGCCUGGCUGACGGAUGGCGCCCACGUGGCCGUCGGGAGCAGCAAGGCGGGCACCGUGCGCUACGUUGGAGCUGCGCACUUUGGCGAAGGCGUGUGGGUGGGCGUGGAGCUGGACUCCCCCACAGGCAAACACGACGGCUGCGUGGGCGCCCACCGCUACUUCCAAUGUCGGCCCGCGCACGGCGUGCUGGUUCGGCCGGACCGCCUGACGUCCCGCCACAGUCGGCGCGGACCCCCGGAACUCGCCGCCCGCGUUCCCGUCAUCAGAGGGGAGAACCGCAAGUCCUGGAGCAGCUGAGACCAGGAACCCGGAGACGCUGAAAACGUUGGCGAGGAAAUCUCCCGCUCGCCUCCAUUUUCUCACCAGGAAAAGAGAGAGCUUUUCAGUUAGUUUUUUAGCCAUUUUUUGCAUUUCUCGCCACAAUUCCUCUCGCUGUUUCCCGGUCUGCGUGCGAGGCCGUCUCAGGGACUGCAGGGGGAGGCGGAAGCAAGCGCAUCUUUUUGCCAUUUGUGUGCAAUAAGUCAGCUUUUCGGCUCCAUGUUGACGUCAAGGAUGAUGCACGGAGCCGGUCGUAUCGGUCGAGUAAGUGCAUCUUAUUUUGAAAAGACUUAUUUAGGCGGGACCUGCUUCCUGUCUUAGUAUUGUUGAGGGGGAGGGGGGGGGGGGGCGAGCUGGCAUGCACUUCUUAGUGAACAUUCCAGAGACGUCCGCAACAAAAGGCAACUUCCUCAAGCGACGAAGUUGCAUCGCGGGAGAUGCGCCAUCCAUUUGUCGGCCUCACAACACAACGCAACGCUUGCCGCGGGUCGUUCAACAAGUCGUUUAAUCUGUCAUGACUCGUCGCUGCGGCGGCUCACUAAAUGGUUGUAAUACACAAAUAAAAAUAUGGAUUAUCAUCAGUCACAUGAAGACUGCGAGAGUGCAGAGGAGGAUUAUCAGGGCCACACUGAAGAUAAAAGAAUGAGAAUAUCAUUUUACAAGCGUAAUCACUAUUGUAUCGUCAGAGAAUCGAGUCAAGUCGUAAAAAGUUGUGUCACUCUUUCCUCACAUUUUUGACUAUGGUGACAAUAUACAUUUACCACUGUCAUAAAUUGACUAGUUUCAAAUUUAAGCGAAAAAAGAAAUGACAUUCUGGUAACAUUUCUUGUAAAUUUACAAAAAUGAUAUCGUAAAAUUAGUGGGGGGGGGGGGAAAUAGAAAUUUAUGCUAGUCAUAAAUUGAGAAAAAUCCUAUUCAUCUAUAAAAAAGAACAUACAAUUACAGGGAACAUUUUGGAAAUUUAGGAGAAUAAAUUCAUCGAAUUAGAAAUGUAAAUUUACCCAACUAUAGUCUAAUAACGGGAAAGAAAUAUACCAAUACAAAAAGAAAUUCUGAGAAAAAUAUCUAGGCUUACAAGAGCAGUCAUAAAAUGACAAGAUUUUUUUUAAAACAAAAUUUGAGUUAAAAAGAUUUAGAUUUUCUGUUCAGUGUGGUCCUAAUAAUGGUAAAAAUGAUGAUGAUAAUAAUCCUAGGUAGUGUGAGCAUCAUCAGUAUUUUUGUGUGUUAUGAGACAUAUCAUCCCAUUUUAUUUAUAUUGACGUGUACACGUAAUGCCUGACUUUUAAUGGGGCCUUCUUUUUCUUUUGUUUUACUGUCAUUUCAAAUUUUAAUUGCACAAAUGAUUUCCUUGAAUAAUCGCUGCUAUUAGCACUCCAGAGUGGCGCCCUUCUCUUUGUAGUCGCCACUCAAAUUCCAAUCGAAAAUGGAGGACGAAUGAGGCACUUUGUCAAGUGAGUUUUGCAAAGAGGAAAAUGGAAUGUUGAUGCUUGAAUUAUCAGUGGGAACCACAAGCCACCUGAUUAGGCCAUUGAUUGAGUUUUUAGCUAAUUGCUAUUUUUUUUCCCCCUCGAAUUGAGGGGAGAAAAAAUCGGUUAUAUUACUGGAAAAUGUUAAUAUUGUGAAAUUAGUUGCAAUUUUUUUUUUUUUUGGAGGGGGGGGGGAGGGGGGGUCGCAAGUUUGCAAUCCAAGAAGACAUAAUAAAUGGCAGUGCCAUGAGAAGUCAUACAUUUCUCACACUAACAAUUGUAAUUGUAUGACAAUAAAUCAAGAUUAGGAGGAAGAAAUUGCAAAUUAAAUUCGCACAUUUACAAAGGAAAAACAAAAUCGUACUUCAGCAAAAAACUAAUUCUAUGAAUAAAGCCAUUGUAUGAGAAGGAAAAAAAAGGAAUUUUACAAGAAAAACAGCACAAUUCUAAAAUAACAUUUUCUACAUGAAUAGUCAUAAAACUACCAGAAGUCCGAAUUUUACCAUUUAAAAAAUGUAAUGUAAUAUAAUGCGACUAAAAAGAAGCUAAAUAUGUAUGCGAUUAAAGUCAUACUACAAGAAAAGCAUAAAUUUGUCCAAGAAUCCAAUUAUAUUUCCAGAGUAAAAUAAAACAUUUUUACGAAUAGUCAUAUGAGUAAAGCAGCAAAAUUACAAGAUUAAAGUUGGAAUAUUACAAAAAAGAUGUUAAUUUUAGGCGAGAGGGGGAAAAAAAAAAAAAUCGAUAUUUUGAGUCAAUUGUUGACAUUACACUCAAAAUGGUGUUUUUAGCGGAGUAAAAUUGGAUUCUUAACACGACUUGGUGUUACUGAAUUGGUGCAGUCAUCAGAAAACAAUUUUGGAAUGAUGCUUAUGAAAGGGUUCAUUUAAGGUGAUAUUACCGUAGGUUGGUUGGUAGUGCAGGUGUCUGAUGGUUAUGUCAGAAGUGGUUUUAGGAAAUUAGGACUUGAAGGAAAUAAGCGAGUGUGCGUGUUGGGUCUUUGGAAGGAAUUUAAAAAAAAAAAAAAAAAAAACACUAAUAAUUUUAUAAGUCAUCAUCAUGAUCACAAUUUGAAGCCAACUCUGCCUUUUCUACCAGGGGUGGGAAACCUAUGGCUUGUGGACCAUAGAGGGCCUGCUCCGCCAUUUAAGAACAAAUAAAACCUCGUCGGAAAUGUUAGAAAAAGCCCCCGAACAUUUACAUGCUCGUAAAAUAGAACAAAGUCGCGGCAAGAAAUUAAUUGGCAAUUUUAGAGAAAAAUUCUAAUUCACGACAGCAAAUUGUAAUUCUCUGACAAAUUUAUAUUCCUGGGGGGGAUGGUGCUCAUAAUUCAAUUUGUAAUAUUACAACAACAAAAAGUCACAAUUUUACAAGAAAAACAUUGACAUUUUACGGAAAAAAACAACAUACAGUUAGUGAUGCACCGAACGGAAAAUUCUUGGCCGAAACCCCAAACACCGGAAGAAAUGACGAUGCCAAUAAUUAGGAAAAAGGCAUUUCUGGCUAUGACUGCUCUGCAUAUUCUUUAAAUGAUGUCAAGAACGUUACGGCAGAAGUUAUUGUAGUAUAUUAUUUAAUUCUGCAUACUGUUCAAUUGCACAACAUAAGCAUGACUUUAUAAUCGUUAAUUGUUGAUGAAUUAUGGCUUCAAUAUUUAUUUUACUGUAUUUAUUCCAUCAGCCUUGUAAUGGCCGACGCAAUUGCAGCCCGAAUCAAAGUUUCAACGUGCCGUUGUCAAAAUGAUCCGUCUCUUUGGAUUAAAUACUUUACCAAUUCUGUUUUGAAGCCUAGUAAAGAAAGAGAGUCUAUUGAAUCACAUUAGUCAGAUCUCAAAAGUCAGAAUUAAAACUUAGUACUGUAUUUUGCAAACCAACAAACAUUACUGAAUUGUAUAGUUUAUGCACGGAAAAUCGUUUUUUCUGUUUUGUGCAAUGUACUUCUUGUACAAUUCUCUUGCCUGCUAUUUUUGUAUUUCCUGUAUUCACUAUUUCCCCUGAAACGAUGCAGAUUUCCCCAUUGUGGGAAAAAUAAAGGUUCUCUUAUAAAUAUUAAUGAUAUGCUUUUAACCCUUGUUCUCGGGUGACGUGAACGGAGCUGUUACGUACUCAGUCAUUUCCGGAUUCGGGCGGCGUCCUGUGUUUCUGUGUAUUUUCUCUGCAGACACUUUGCAUUUUGCAGCUAUUUAUUUAUUUUUUCUUUUUUCUCAAAUUUGGUUAUUCCCCCCCCCGUUAUAACACAGUUUCAGCCAGACUUAUGUCACAUGUGUACUACAUCACCCAAUCUAGGGCUGCACGAUUAUUCCUCGUUAGGGAAAAAUCUUGAUUUUUCUUGCACUACUUUUCAACAAACAAUAUUUCAGUGAAAAAUGUUUUUAAAUGAGAAUAAAUGAUGGAUGAUGAACAUUAAAUGUACCCAAAGAAAUUUGACUUUACCGAGGGCUAACUGAACAAAUAUGCGAUUACAAAGUGCAAUUACGAAUUGAAACUUAAUGGGAGCAAAUACAGUUAAUGCAUAAAUCGCAACAACAGUCGGCUGUAAGCACCGACUUUUCAUUUGAAAAUCUCCGUCGUCAGUAUAGUGAAUUGUCGAGGGAGGGUACGUCUCCGUUUCGCUUGACCAUCGGUCACAAACUGCUAAGAUCUCCGUAGUUGUGAUUUCCCUCGCUAUUUACUUCCGGCGAGGUUUUUCUUUUUUUUUUUUUUUUUUUUCCCAUCGCGGGCAGGCCGGCCGAAAAGUUGAAGUCAAUGCAGCCGCUACAACGAUUGUUAACGGUGUCUUACCAUGACACCCACGACGCCGCCAAUGUGCUGAGACGGUCAACUUGCACUGCUGCAAAUGAAGCACUUUUCAUGUGCAGCAACGUCUUCCUUUGAAAUGUAACAAAAUUGCUGAUGAUCAGGCUCAUUUCAUCGUGGCAGCCAAAAUCAUAACGACGAUUCAAAUUUGAAUAAUUCUACAUCCCUAACCCAGUCACUUAUUUCUGUGUUUUGUGACUAUAAGUCACGAUAGCUUACCAAUUAGCAUGGCGGCCCCAUUUUUCUCCUGUUGCUUCUCGUCUUCCCUUUGUGACAACGAGACUUGGUCACAAGUGUAGCUUGUUCGCUGCCAUGGAGGCAAUGAUAGUGACUUAUGCUGCGUUGACACCGGAAGCGAAGCCGAUGUUCACCUCCUUGGCUCGGCGUCGUGGCUAGGGCGACAUGCCGUUUUUGGUUUUUCUUCAGCAAUAUAGUUUAUGCAACUGAGCGCUGGCCACCAUUUGCGCUUACGUCAUCACGAUAUCCUGUUUCGGCAACAAGUCCAUUGGUCAAAAACCGAAAAUGCACUUUUGGGCCAUUUUUAGACGCAAAUCUUUGGUGAUCACAUUUUCGGUGCAUCUCUAAUCACAAUGAUUGUUAUUUUGAUGAUAACAAAGUGGAAUAGCCAUCUUAUUGGGGGGGGAGGAAAAUUGUGAAUUAAAGUUCUAAAUUUAUGAGAAAAAUGAUCACAAUUUGAUGUUAACUAAUUCUUUAAGCAUAGUAAUUUGCGAGUUUGAUAAAAAGUGUACGUUACAAGUUUCCAUAUAAAGUUUCAAAGAAAAAAUAAAGAAAUCACAAUUUUAUGAAAAAUAAAGAUUAAGAUUAUAAGAUUAAGACUCACAAUUCUGCAAGAAAUAAAUCAGAAUUUCAUGAUGUCCAUUUGUAACUCUGAAGGUAAUUGUCAUAAUAUUAGAACAUAAGACAUCGUAAAUUAAAGUUGCAAUAUUACAGGAAAAAUGUCUAUAUUUUCCAAGAAAGAAAAUCACAAUUUUAUGAGAACUAUUUCACAAGAUUAAGAGAAAAUGUUUCCACGUAUUAGUUUUUUUUUUUUUUUUUAAGCCUACUUAGUGUUUCCAUUUUAGGAGAAAGUCAUUUUACGAGAAAAUGGGAAUUCUGUAAGUAAACAAAGUUGUACAUUUACGAGGGUAGUCAAUAUGAGGGGAAAAAAGUGUACACUAAUGGUGUGGCUUUACGAGAAAAGUUUUAAAAAAAAAAAAAAAAAGUUAUGUGACUAUAA